CCCCAUAUAUUUAUACUAGUAAUAAUAAAAAUGUUGUCGAAAGAGCUAGCUCUACAUGGCAAGGGAGCUAAGGAAGAGUUUUAGUUAGUCGUGGAAAAUAUAAAAUACAAUAAAAUGAGUAUAACAGAGAACAUCAUGACUAUGAGAGGGCCUUACUUGGUGUGGAAAGACUUGACCGUCGUUGUUCCAAAUGCAAAUACAACAAGAAAGCUGCUCAAUGAAAUCGCUGGGUAUGCUCAAUCUAAUCGGAUUAUGGCACUCAUGGGUCCUUCUGGCUCUGGCAAAUCCACCUUGCUUGAUGCAUUGGCUGGACGACUAUCGGCAAAUCUUAAAAUGACAGGCCAUGUUCUCUAUAAAGGGAAGUUGGAUAGCAGUAGCAGAGACUGCGUAGGCAUUUCUUAUUUGGCUCAAGAGGAUGUUUUCUUGGGAACUCUCACAGUUCGAGAAACCAUAGCUUACUCAGCAAAUCUAAGGCUUUCAACAAAAAUGGAUAAAAAUGAGAUAAAUGAGCUGGUAGAGAGAACAAUUGUGGAGAUGGGACUUGAACACUGUGCUAAUAAUAAGAUAGGAAACUGGCAUUUGAGAGGCAUUAGCGACGGAGAAAAGAAGAGACUUAGCAUCGCUUUGGAGAUUUUAACACAUCCCUAUGUCAUGUUUCUUGAUGAGCCAACUAGCGGAUUGGAUAGUGCUUCGGCUUACUUUGUGAUUGUGGCACUGCGGGAUAUUGCUCGUCAUGGCAGGGUUGUUGUCUUCUCUAUUCACCAGCCCAGUUACUAUCUAUUUGAUCUUUUUGAUGAUCUGUACCUCCUCUCUGGUGGACGAGUUGUUUAUUUUGGAGAAGCAAAUAUGGCUGUGAAGUUCUUUGCCGAAUCGGGAUUUCCUUGUCCUGUGAGAAGAAACCCUACAGAUCACUUCCUUCGAUGUAUCAAUCCAGACUUUGACAAUAUUGCAUCAACAAUGCUAAGGUCCAAAAGUAUUAAUGGAAUUACAACAAUGCCAGAUUGUGUUAUGAAUUUGACAACACAAGAAAUCCAGGAAACACUCAUCGAGAAAUACAAGAUUUCUGAAUAUUCAACUACUGCAAGAGACAAGAUUCAGGAUAUUAUCUUACUUGAAGAAAACAUUAGCCUAUCAAACAGAAGCAAAGCAAGGUGGUCGAAACAACUGAGCUCAUUGAUUCGUCGUUCUUUCUUAAACAUGUCAAGAGACAUCGGAUAUUACUGGCUAAGGAUCGUAUUCUACGUUGCAGUUUCAAUAAGUGUUGGAAGUAUCUACUUUAAAAUUGAUACAUCCUUCCUUGCAAUCACAGCCAGAGCAAAGUGUGAGGCUUUCAUUUAUGGCUUUAUGAUUUGCUUGUCCAUUGGAGGCUUACCUUCUUUCAUUGAAGAGCUCAAGGUCUAUAAUCGGGAAAUGUUAAACAAGCAUUACGGAGAAGGUCUACUUUCCAUAUCCAACUUCAUCUCAUCCUUGCCAUUCCUGGUGGUAAUCGCUGUGUCUUCAGGAACAGUGGUGUACAGCAUGGUCAAACUUCAUUCUGGAUUUUCUCACUUCUGCUAUUUCUGCAUCAAUUUCUUCUGCUACAUCUCUGUUAUAGAGUGUUCCAUGAUGGUUGUUGCAGCUUUGGUACCAAACGUUUUGAUGGGCAUUGGAAUUGGAACUUCUCUAGUUGUGUUCAUGAUGAUGCCAUCUGAAAUCUUCAGACCACUUCCUGAUCUUCCCAAGUUCUUUUGGCGCUAUCCAAUGUCCUACAUCAGCUGUGCUUCCUGGGCACUACAAGGGGUAUACAAAAAUGAUAUGAUUGGGCUUGAAUUUGGUAACUCGGUGCCUGAAGACUCCAAGCUAAAGGGAGAAACUGUCCUGCUAACAGCUUUUGGAAUACCUCUGGAUCAUUCAAAGUGGUGGGAUUUGGCUGCUCUUAUGUGUUUGUUAAUAUUCGAUAGGCUACUCCUUUUUGUGGUACUCAAAUAUAAACAGAGAGUAUCAUCAGUAUUGUGCAAGCUUUCUAUCAAGAGAAUUUUCCUACUGGGAGGCCUAUCCAUGAGAUCUUCUUUAUCAAGAAGCAACAGAGACCGAACUACCUUGCCGUGAAACAAAACUUUGCACCCAUUAUCUUCUCAAGAAUGUCUUACAUCUCCACUUCCUUAAAUUAAGGCAGGACUUAAUGUAAAAAGAAAAUACAUAACUUUUUGCUGAUAUAUGUAGUCAUUUUCUAUGUCCACGUUGAACUUUUUAAGUUAUUCAACCAAAACCCGAUUAUAUAUAGUUUAUGAAAUAUUUUUAUUUAAAUCGUAUGUAAUCAGGUGACGAGCAACAUAAGUUGUUCGAUGUUGCCUAUAUAUAUAUAUAUAUAUAUAUUAUCAAAAUGUUAUGUAAUCAAAUAUUAAUGUGACAUUUACUAAUUAAUUACUA